AUGGAUCUGGUGGGGCUGGGCUGUGCCUGUGCCGGGCUGGUGGCCCUGGCCCUGCUGCUGGUGGCCCAGCGCCUCGGGCUCCUCUAUCGCCUGUUCCACAAGGUGGACACGGCGAGUCCCCGGCACGGCGGGGAGCUGGUGGCCGAGGUGCUGCGCGCCCACGGCGUUCCGGUCCUGUUCACGCUGCCCGGGGGCCACAUCUCGCCCGUGCUGGUGGCCUGCGAGAAGAUCGGCAUCCGCGUGGUGGACACGCGGCACGAGGCCACCGCCGUCUUCGCCGCCGACGCCGUGUCGCGGCUCUCGGGCCGCAUCGGCGUCGCCGCCGUCACCGCGGGCCCCGGUGUCACCAACGCGGUGACAGCCGUCAAGAACGCCCAGAUGGCCGAGUCCCCCUGCUGCCUGCUGGGCGGUGCUGCUGCCUCCCUGCAAAAGGGCCGGGGCGCUCUCCAGGACAUCCCUCAGCUCCCUCUGUUCCGGACCCUGUGUAAAUCGGUGCUGUCGGUUGCGCGCGUGCGCGACAUCGUCCCCACGCUGCGCCGCGCCAUCGCCACCGCGACGGGCGGCACGCCCGGCCCCGUGUUCGUGGAGCUGCCCAUCGAUGUCCUGUACCCUUUCCACGUGGUGCAGAAGGAGCUCGGGGCCCAAACCCCCCGGGGGCUGCGGGGGAAGCUCGUCCAGUGGUACCUGGACAAUUAUUUAUGGGAUUUGUUCACCGGCACCUGGGAGCUCCAGGACCUGACCCCGCUGCCCCUGAGCGUCCCCAAAGCCACCCCGGAACAGGUCCAGCUCUGCUCAGAGCUGUUAAGCCGGGCUCAGCGGCCGCUGGUGCUCGUGGGGAGCCAGGCCCUGCUGCCCCCAACGCCGGCGGAGGAGCUGCGCUCGGCCCUGCUGUCCCUGGGUGUCCCCUGCUACCUGGGCGGCGCCGCCCGCGGGCUGCUGCCACCCGAGUGUCCCCUGCUGCUGCGGCACGGCCGGCGCGAGGCGCUGCGCCAGGCCGACCUCGUGCUGCUGGCAGGCACCGUCUGCGAUUUCCGCCUGUCCUACGGGCGCCUCUUCGGCCGCGGCGCCGCCGUGGUGGCCGUGAACCGCGACCGGGCGCAGCUGCUGCGCAACGCCGACGUCUUCUGGAAACCGCGGCUGGCCGUGCAGGGUGACCCUGCCUCCUUUGUCCUGGAUCUUGCCCGGGCCCUGCAGGGAUUCGCCGCCCCCAAGGAGUGGCUGGAGCGGCUCCGGGAGAGCGACAGCGACAGGGACAGACAGAUCCGGGCCAAGGCCUUGGUGCCCCCCCCGUGCCACCUGAACCCGCUGCUGCUGCUGCAGGCCCUGGAGCAGCUCCUGCCCCCCCAGAGCCUCUUGGUGGCCGACGGCGGCGACUUCGUGGGCACGGCCGCGUACGUCCUGCGGCCACGGCGGCCACUGGCCUGGCUGGACCCGGGUCCCUUUGGCACGCUGGGCGUGGGCGGAGGAUUCGCGCUCGGGGCCAAACUCUGCCGGCCCGAGGCUGAGGUGUGGGUCCUGUACGGGGACGGCUCGCUGGGCUUCAGCCUGAUGGAGUUCGACACCUUCGUGCGCCACAAGGUCCCGGUGAUCGCGCUGGUUGGGAACGACGCCGGCUGGACCCAGAUCAGCCGCGAGCAGCUCCCCCUGCUGGGCAGCGCCGUGGGCUGCAGGCUGAGCUACAGCGAUUACCACGCGGUGGCGGCGGCGCUGGGAGGCCGAGGCUUCGUCCUGGACAGCGCUGGGGACACCGGAGGGGACACCGGGGACGUUGGGGACAUCGAGGACAGGGUGCUGGCCGUGCUGAGGGCGGCGCAGGCCGAGUGUCACCAAGGCCACCCCGUCCUCGUCAACGCCCUGCUGGGACCCAGCGACUUCCGGGAGGGAUCCGUGUCUGUCUGAGUGUCCCCAGGUGUCCCCAGGUGCCACCAAGGGUCACCAGAGUGUCACUGAGUGUCCCCAGG